AUGUUCCCCUUCCUCCAGUUGCCCCCAGAGCUCCGAAGCCUCGUCAUCGAGCACGUCCUCUUCAGCAGCUACCCCGCACCGGAAUACCCCUCCAAGGAGAACAGAUCGAUCUUCAAUGAUCUGCGGUACAUGGCCUGGCGGGCCCGGCCCUACCAGGAGAUCCGUUCCACCCACAGCCCAUCAAACUGCCUUGCCCUCCUCCUAACCUCCAAGACAAUCCACGAUGAGACCAAAGCGAUGCUCUCACUCCAGGAAUCCAGAUCAGCAACGUACCAUCUUGACAUCACCGUCGAAAACGACAACGACGUCUUCCCAACCUGGCUUUGCGUCCCGCAACUCACGACGCACAUUGCCGAGCUCCAUGUCGACGUCCGGCUCUUCGGCACAAUCAUCCACCCGAAUAUCAGCUGGCGCCUAGGCGGCGACGGCGGGCAUUCCCGCUACGAAUGGGACUUCUUGGCUCUGCUGGAGCGGUUCCUGAGAUACGGGCCUGUCGGCCAGAAGAAGGGCUCGGACGGCCAGGUGUUGAAUAUGCGGACGUUCAGUUAUACCAGUCCCUGCCCCAUUGUUGAUCACGGCAUCAAGGUCGAUACUCUGACCCUAAACUUCACGUCUGGCGAGGCCAAGCUGCAGAGAGGCGAGUUCCCACCUGCAGAGAUUGAGUACCGCGACUGGGACUGGUACCGCAAGGGCCAUGGUCCGCGGAGAGGGGUCCCCGAGAUCGAGCGCCCAUUGACGGAGUACAAUACCCGACCUGAAUGGCUGGCCGAGCUUCUUGCGGAUGAGAUCGACGUGCUCUUGCAUUUUGGAAGAGAUAGAGAGGGCUUUGCUAGGCUUGUGUAUGAGCGCCUGCGGGUGAUUCGGAUGUUGGUUGAUGGGGAGGUUUACCGUGAAUUCGAUGUGUCUGGGAUAUUGGAUGAGUUCAAGCUACCCGAUAAGAGCUUGAGGAAGAUGGCGUCGAAGUUUGUGGAUGCACCGGGGUGGGUGUUUGAUUUGUAG